UUUGGGUUUUUUUUUUCCUGUUCACGGUUGAUGGACACCUCCAGGUAGGGGACACAGAGAGAGAGAGAGAGAGAGAGAGAGAGAGAGAGAGAGAGAGAGAGAGAGAGAGAGAGAGAGAGAGAGAGAGAGAGAGAGAGAGAGAGAGAGAGAGGUCGGCCGACACAGGCACAGCAGACGGACGGGAGCGAAUGUGGAUUUUACUGUGGAGCCUGGUAGGUGACUGGUAGGCGGGCAGCCCUCACCCACCCUCCCACCUCCCUACCGCCGCCACCACCACCUCCUCCUCCUCCUCCGCCUCCCUCGGCAGCUCCCAGCCCUGUGCCCGCUUUGCUGUGCACUGGGCACAUACAUACAGUUGAGGGCUCAGAGGAGGAGAAGAAGGAGGAGGAGGUGGAGGAGACGGAGGAGAAGAAGAAGAAGAGGAGGAGGAGGAGGAGGAGCAGCAGCAGCAGGUUCGGCUAUGGAGCUUUAGGGACACCCAGGAGACCGUCGCCGGCAGGGGGGAAGGUGGAGAGCCAUGGAGAAGUCUUCUACAAUGGACAAGCCCAAGAGGAAGCCUCAUUUGGAGAGCCCGGGGGUGUUGAAGAGCAGAAAGCUGGUCAAGCGGAGGAGGAAUACGUGUCCAAGUCCCCAGGAGAUCAGCUGUGCCCUGCAGACCCCAAAACCCCCACCCAGCCCCAGUGCUGCCAGCCUGGAUGAGCUCAUACAGCGCUGUCUGAACUGCUUCGAUUGCGAGGGGAAGUUGUCCAGCCCCAGAGGGUCCCAGCUGGUCCACAUGACCCUGAUGAUGCACUGCUGGGUGGUGUCCUCUCAGACGUUCACCCAGAAACUCCUUACCCUCUACAAGGACUGUCCGUCUGACAAGAGGUCAGUGAGAAGGCCACAGAUCUGCCACUUCAUCAGGCAGUGGAUUAGCAAAUUCCCAGCAGUGUUUGAAGCAGACCCCCUCCUGGAGCGGACCAUGGGAGACCUGUGGGCACUGGCCAGAUCGGACCGAGACAAAACACACACUCAGCUCAUCGACACAUCCUGCCUGAGCCCUCAUGUCAAUGUUUCCCUGGCGCCAUCGCCCUCCGUGAAGAAGAGGAAGGUGUCACUGCUCUUUGACCACAUGGAGCCAGAUGAAAUGGCCGAGCAUCUCAGCUACCUGGAGUUUAAAAACUUCUGUAAUGUCUCAUUCCUGGACUAUCGUAGUUACGUGGUGCGAGGCUCCGUCAGGGACAACCCGGCGCUGGAGCGCUCGGUCAUGAUGUGCAACGGAGUCUCUCAGUGGGUCCAGCUGAUGAUCCUGAGCAGACACACGGCCCAGCAGAGAGCCCAGGUCUUCACCAAGUUCAUCCAUGUUGCACAGAAGCUGCGCGCCUUACAGAACUUCAACACUUUAAUGGCCGUGACCGGAGGCCUCUGUCACAGCUCCAUCUCCCGUCUGAAAGACACGUCCAACCUGCUGCCCCCCGACGUCACCAAGGCCCUGAGUGAGAUGACAGAACUGCUGUCCUCUCAUAGCAACUACAGCAACUACCGGCGGGCGUACAACGAGUGCAGCGGGUUCAAGGUGCCGAUCCUGGGCGUGCAUCUGAAGGACCUGAUCUCGCUGAACGAGGCGCUGCCGGACUACCUGGACGAGGACAAGAUCAACAUGAGCAAGCUGCAGCACCUCUACAGCAACAUCAGCGACCUGCUGGCCAUCCACAGCUGCAUGCCGCCCUUCGAGGCCAACAAGGACCUUCUCCAUCUGCUCACACUAUCUCUGGACCUGUAUUACACCGAGGACGAGAUCUACGAGCUCUCCUACAACAAGGAACCGAAGAACCCCAAAAUCCAGCCGGUCGCUGCAGUUAAACCGCCCGUGGUGGUGGAGUGGGGCUCAGGGGUCACUCCCAGGCUCGAUCCUGACACCAUAUCUAAACACGUCAAACAGAUGGUGGAUUCCAUAAUGAAGAACUACGACCAGAACCAGGACGGCUACAUCGCUCUGGAGGACUUUGAGAAGAUCGCGGCCAACUUCCCUUUCUCUUUCUGCACACAUGAAACCGACAGAGAGGGGCAAAUCAGUCGUGAGGAAAUCACCUCUUACUUCAUGAGGGGAAUGUCUGUGUGUGCCAAACUGGGCUAUAACUUCAACGAUGUGCACAACUUCCAUGAAACCACCUACAAACGGCCCACCUUCUGUGACACGUGUGGAGGCUUUCUCUGGGGAGUCAUCAAACAAGGGUACCAAUGUAAAGACUGCGGGCUGAACUGUCACAGACAGUGUCGGGAUCUGGUGGGGAUGGAGUGCUUGAAGAAACACAAGAUGUCGGGGGGCUCCUGCCCGUGUACUCCCGCUCCGGACUGCAGAACCAAGGGCAACAGCUGGAGCUCAGAAGAGGAGGCUUUUGUUUUCCCACACAGCAAUGAAGCAGACCACAUCAAAACCCCUCCUGAUGAAAAAAACAACGCCGUUGACCCCCCGCUGUCCGACCGCUCCACCCAGACGGACCCUGGAGUGUGGACACCUGACAAAAGGGACAAGAGGGGAAACCACCUAAACUCUGUCUAUAACAGCUCACCUGAAGUAAAGGUCAAGACUCCGCCCCGACGAGCCCGCGGCUCCUCCAUGCCCGUAUCCUUCCUACAGGAGAAGAUGGAGGAACUGCAUCUAUACAAAGACAAGAGCAGGGAGCCGGACUGAGCUGCCCCGUUUUAAUUCAUCCUUGCACACUUCCCUGUAUGGACGGACCUAGGUACAUCCAGACAACACAUCUCGGAGACGUCCUGUCUUUUUUUUAGCGUUGAACUAAUACAACUUGCUGGCAUUUCAUGAGAACACAGGCCAGUUGUGAUUAAUGGACUUAUAUGUUCCGAGUACUGUUGUAAAAAGACAAAAAAAAAUCACAUCAGCUAUGUCAGUUUAUGAAAACCUCUGACAGGUGACUAUUCUCUGGUGCUACGUUUAACGUGAAUGGUUGGCCUGCCUUUUUUGAAAAUGGUCAUCUGUAGUAACUUUGGGACACUGCGGUGGUGGGAAAGGGUUCUCACGGCACAGCAAGGCAGGAUGGUACCAUGACAACCACACCACCAGCCAGAUGCUAACAGCUUUCAGUCUGCUAGGGGGAAUUUGCCCUUUCUGCUGGCUGGUCAUCCACUAGCCUCGUUAAAAUAGUUUGAGCGAGUUAGAUCUCCAUUAGCAGCUCGUCGUGGCUGAAACGUGUCUCUGCCAUCCCCGAGUAUGACCAGUUUCAUGUUUCGAUGGGAUUACACUGAUAGAACUGCACUUCUGAUCCAAACUGCCAAUUUUUGUCUCAAGCCCUCUGUUGUUUUUUGUCCUUUUGAUCAUGCCAGUCGUGUUCCUGAUUAAAACAAAUCGAA